AUGCCCGAGGAGCACGUCGACCACACUGUCCAGCACUGGAAUACGGGGUUGCAGAUCGUUUGUAUCAGUGCCUCUACGCUUUGUGUCGCCCUCCGAGUUUACACCCGGAUGUUCGUGUUCAAUGGCUUGGCCAAAGAAGACGUGGGCUACCAUGGAGGGGGCCUUCACAUCGAUAACGUGUCGGACCACGAUGAACGCAUUUUCCGUAAGACCGUCUACGGAACGAUGAUUAUCUACGGGCCGGCAGCCUACCUAACCAAACUAUGUCUCCUCUGGAUCAUGACGCGGGUGUUCCACCCCUUCCGCAAGGCCGUAAUCUUGAUCUAUAUCUUUCUCGGUCUGAUGCUGGCUUACUACGUUCCGGCGUUGAUUGUCAAGAUCUGCAUCUGCAGCCCCAUUUCGAAGUUCUGGGCCCCGGCUACCCCCGGCACCUGCCUGAAUCAAUCCAAGAUCACGCUGGCGGACGCGGUGAUCAGCGUAGUCAGCGAUCUAAUCAUCCUAAUCAUUCCAAUGACCUUAGUAUCGACGCUACAUCUACCUACCCGAAAGAAAGUCCGUGUCAUAGCCCUCCUCGGCGCCGGCGGUCUCGCCUGCGCGUCCAGCAUCGCCCGUCUAAUGCGGGCCGUUAUGUCCGGGCAAGGCGAGCAUUUUGGUAGUACGGGGAAUGCUAUCGAGAUUUUUCGGACGGUGGAAAUUUCCACUGAAAUCACUCGUGUCUGA